CUGUAACCUGACGUGCCUCCCGGGCCACCACGGAGUAGACUGCGCCCAGACGUGCAGCUGCCACGAGGACACGUGCGACCCCGUGACGGGAGCCUGCCACAUGGAGACCAACCAGCGCCAGGGGGUCAUGGGCGCUGGGGCCCUCCUCAUCCUCCUCUUGGGCCUGCUCCUCUCCCUGCUGGGCUGCUGCUGUGUCUGCCGGAGCAAGGACCCUGGCCGCCAGGAUUGCCAGCCGAGGAGGAAGAAGAGUCCUCAGCGUCUCUGUGGCCGCUUUAGCCGCAUCAGCAUGAAGCUGCCCCGGAUCCCCCUGCGGAGACAGAAGCUGCCCAAGGUUGUGGAAAGAGAACAGGGACUUCCAGUGUCCCAGCCUGGAGGAAUCAUAUGCUCACAUAUUGCAGGAGCCAGAAGAUGGGAUUUCUGCAAAACUGAGAAGACCCAGAGAGGUGCCAUAGGACUGGACAGGGGCUGAUGUCC